AUGGUCAUGAAGACGGCUUGGCGGCAGAGCGGUCGAAACUUGGGGUCCUCUAUCCAUCACGGCGCCCGUAAUGCCAUUCACUCCGCACUCGCUGAGUAUAUCGCUUGUGAUGGCGUCAUCUACCCUCGACGCGAUCUCUUGGACGACACUCCAGCACAACGCGGCAUCUCUGCCCAUCUCCUCCACAAUUCUGCUCCCGUAGACGAAGCUAAAUCCCACGUUCUCCACCGGUUGAUGUUGAAUACGAUCGGGGGUUCUGUCUGGACUUAUACUUCUGACCUAGAGCUUCUGAAUGGGUUGCGUUCGGCCGUGCAAGCACACCAACUUUUGUUUGACCAAGGCAUUCUGUACCACGACAUAAGUCCGGAAAAUAUUGCUCUCAUGAAAGACCCUAGAAACCUCCAGCCUGGACGUGAAGGUUUCCUCUCCGAUCUGGAAUGCUUUCUUGUCGAAGGUGACCCUCGCUUUAAAUCGGAAAUGGAUCAUGCAGAUGCCAUACAGAACAUACGCGAUGUGUCUGGCGAUGUGCCUCCGAAUUCUGUAGCGCAUGUUGGGGCUAUUAGGACGGGCUCAGUUCACUUUAUGGCCAUCGAGAUACUGGAUGCUAUCGUCGAUGAGAGGCCCAUUGAAUAUAGCAUCGAACACGACAUAGAAUCGUUCAUCUGGGUCCUUGCAUACGCAGUCAUGCGAAAGAGCCUAAAGGUCACCGAAGCUUCUGAGGCGGCGAAACAUUCGGGCAGGAAACAGCUCGAUGCUGACUUCAAGCAGUCGUUUGGUAGCUUGCCGAUCGCAGAGAUCGCACUGUCUCGUAGGAACGCCGGGCCCUUCGAUUUCAUCAUUAACGACAAACAGAAAUUUCUUUCUCCCUAUCUCUCCGGCCCCCUUCGCGAUCUCCUUGUGUUUCUACAGACGACCAUACGGGACAAAUUCCAUGCCCCAGUUGUCGAGUCGAUUAGGACUGUUUAUCGACGCGGCGGGGUACGACCUCCUGAGACUGUAGUACUGACGCACGCUUGGCUCAUCGACUACUUAGACGACACCAUCCAAGCUCUAGAGAACGAUCCGUCGCUGCAGAGAUGA